AUGUCCAACAUUGACCAACCCUCACCAGCCUACAUCAUCAACAUCGGCCUGAACCUCCCCGUCACAUCCUCCUUCGCACUGCCUCUCGCCGGCUACUACACCUGGCUGCAAUACCGCGUCAUCUCGAAUCGCAUCCGCGCCAAGCAGAGCAUCGCCCAAUUCGAUCCCAAGUCUGCGACAUCCCGCGAACCUGACCGUCUCCUCGCCGCAUGUCGCGCCCAGGCCAACUUCGCUGAGAAUGUUCCACUCGCCUUGACCAUCUCUGCACUGGUCGAAGCGAAUGGUGGCAGCAAGAGAGUCCUCACAGCCGCACUGAGUGUGCUGUGCGUAGCAAGAGUACUGCAUGCCGACUUUGGCAUCAUGGCGAAGAACAACAUGGACAGGGGACGACCAGUGGGGUUCUUCAGCACCGUGGCUGUUGUGCUGGGCAUGGCUGGCUACGGAGCCUACUUGGCAAGGGGAUCUUGGGGAUUCUAA